GAACUUACCUGCAUAUACCCUUACCAUUCGCUGUAAGACGUCAAAGAAACGAGUAACUUGCGUUCUACAUUCAGUAAUGUUUAUAUGUUUCUGAAAUUAGCGAUGUCAAAGAUUGUUUGUCGAAUGGUCAUGCAGAUGCUUACAAGACCGGUAUCAUUAACAGGAUCUGUCCUCGGAUGCAGGCCUGUAUGCUCUGUAAGACACAGCCACUGGAUGACCUCAGUGAUUUCACUGAAGAGUUCGGUUCCUUUAAGAGCGGAGCCGAAGAAAAAGAAAAAGGUUGACCCGCGCCGUGAUCUUAUGGUAAAAGAGCGUCUGAAGAAAAAGGUGAAGAAGCUUGAGAAAAUCCCACCCGAGCUUAUUCCUAUAGAAGACUUUAUACCUCCAGCCAAGUGCUUUGAUGAGAUCAGAGUCCGCAGCCCUCCCCAAUUGUCUUUUGAAGAGAGUGAGCGAAGGGGACUGCUGCUUAAGGUAUGGUCCAGAUACAAGAACUCCCAGCACCAGGCUGAGAUGGCAGCUAUUGAAGAGGCUCUAAAGGCCCAGACAGAAGCUUUAAAAGAGCUUCAGCUGGAAUCAGAAGAGCUUUACAAAGCAGCACUCAGCCCUGACAGUAGUCUUUUCCCCUUCCAGCACCAUGGUCCCUGCUAUACUCCACCUAUUCCAAACCAAGAGGCCCCUGAUGGCAAAUAUAAUAACAUUACACGAGUGUACACACAAUAAUGGAACUUAGUGACUGCUGCUAGUACUAAUGAAAAAUGUGUGAUGGAACUCUACUUCUGGUUUGUAAUUUCUGUGCUGUUUGAAAUCAUUUCAUGACUAAUAUUGAGCAGUUGUAUUAAAUGCAUAUCUGUAGAAAAGCAGACUGUGUUAAUUUGUUCUUAAAUUAAAGUUUGUGUUCUUACAGGCUAAGUGUGCCAUAGUACAACCCCUGGCAAAAAUUAUGGAAUCACCACCCUUUUUUAUUUCAUAAUAAAUAAACAAAUCACAGAUAUGAGACAAACAAUUUUUGUUUAAUAGCUGAACAUUCUGGCUUCAUGAAACAUACCUCAAACAAAUUAAAUUAAAUUGUUUUAAUUAAUGGCAUUUUUUCCCAGAUCAAGUAGAGGAAAGAAUUAUGGAAUCAUCAACAAAAAAAAUUAACAUGUCAUUGAGUUGAUAUGCCUGUCCUGAAGAAAAGUUUAACACUCUUUGCUCUGUGGCAAGAUGCAUUAUCAUCCUGAAAAAUGACUUCAUCACCAAACCUAUUUUCUAUCAAUGGAACGAGUAAAGUGUCCAAAAUUUUUGUGUACACCUGUGCUUUGACUGUUGAGGUCUCCUCUGGUCGUUUACCUGACAUGCAACCCCAUAUCAUAAAUGUGUGGGGAAAUUUUAUUGUUUUCUGCAGCCAGUCCUCUUUAUAUGUUUCAUUAGAACAGCAAAAGAUAAAAAUUCCAGCAUCAUCUCCUUGGCAAUGAAUAUCACAUCCAAUCAUCCACAUGCCAUGAUUGCUUCUCUUUAGCCCACUGUAACCUUUUUUUCUUCUGUUUAGUGUUUAGGUGUUGGUGCUGGUUUUCAUUUACCUUUUCUAUAUAUAGAUGGAACGACAAUUGAAAGAGUUAGCGCUUAUAAAUACUUAGGUAUAUGGUUGGAUGAAAAACUAGCUUUUAAUGUACACAUAAUCUGUUGAAGAAGCUUAAACCAAAAUUGCGGUUCUUUAAUCGUUUAAAAAACUGCUUUCCUUAUGAGGCUAGAAUGAAAAUAGUGCAGAGUUGUUGUUUUUUUUUUGUUUAAUCUGUAAUUGAUUAUGGUGACCUUGUUUAUAUACAUGCAGCUUUAUCUUUGUUAAGGAAACUGUACUCUAUCAUGCAGCAUUACGCUUUGUGGUGCAGAUUCACAUACUCAUCACUGUAUACUAUAUGAACCCUUGGCAUGGACAUCUUUGCAUCAUCGGAGGAAAUUGCAUAUGUAUAUGUUCAUUGCUAAGGCACUUCUAGGUAAAUUGCCCUCUUAUAUUUCUAAUUUCUUAACUUUUUAUACAAAUAGUUAUUGUACUAGAUCUCAAACACACAUUCAGUUAAAAGUCCCGAAGGUAUACUCAGAAUUUGGCAAACAUGCUUUUUCUUCUUAUGCUCCCUGGGUCUGGAACAAUCUACAAAAUGUAGUAAAACUAGAGAUAUUGCCACCUCUGAAUACUUUUAAAUGGCUUUUGAAUACAGUGUGAAACAAGUGUUGUAAGUGCUUUUCAUGAUUUUACUCAUUGUUUUCUGUGGUUAUUGUUUUCUGUGAUUAUCUCUGUGUGAAAAUAUGUGCUGCGUCUUGACCAGGUUUCCCUGGAAGAAGAGCUUGUGAUAUCUCAAUGGGAUCUUCCUGGUUAAAUAAAGGAUAAACAAAUAAAAUAAAUAAAUUAAAAUCCCA